AUGUACAAUGAGUCAUUCAUCUUCUACGACGCAUUCCGCAAGUGCAACUGGCCAUGCGAGAGCGGAAAGUGGGUCAAACGCUCCUGAUUGAGAAUUUUCGAAAAAAAAAGUCAUUUAAACUGUGUUCAGAUGUUCGGAAUCGAGUCUGAAGGCGUUCAUGAUCUCGGAUACGCAUUUGCUCGGCGAACGGAAAGGGCAUUGGCUGGACAAACUGAAGCGAGAAUGGCAAAUGGCGCAGGCGUUCCGCAUUUCCACGUACACGCUCAGUCCGGACAUUGUCUUCUUUCUGGGCGAUUUGAUGGACGAGGGACAAUGGGCAGGAGUCCAACUGUUCGGGAAGUACGCCGAACGAUUCCGAGAGCUGUUCGGCAAUAAGACACGCAUUGUAACACUCGCUGGAAAUCACGAUCUCGGAUUUCACUACGCGUGAGUUUAAUUUGGUCUCGAAACGAUUUGACUUGACAGCUAGGAGUGGUAUAGAACUGCGCAAAACAGUUUUCAAUUUCAGAAUAAUGCCAGACACUCUGGACAUGUUCGCGAAAGAGUUUGGUCGCGGACUCAUCGACGAGAUCGUCGUGAAAGGCCAGCGAUUCGUGCUAAUCAACUCGAUGGCGAUGCACGGAGACGGCUGCUCACUUUGCCACGAAGCAGAGAUGCAGUUGGAGGACAUCAAACGGAGGAAUCUAUCGGACCGCCCGAUCGUUCUUCAGCACUUUCCGCUCUUUCGAACAAGCGAUGCGGAGUGCGAAAAAGUGGACGAUCAGCACGAAAUCGACCGAGCAGAGCGGUAUCGAGAGCAAUGGGAGACCCUCUCCGAACAGUCUACUCAGAAGCUCAUCAGCUCUCUGAAGCCGUUAGCGGUCUUCGGAGGACACACUCAUAAAAUGUGCAAGAAACGGUGGAGACGGCUGGACGGUCCCGCGUUUUACGAGUACACCGUCAACUCGUUUUCCUGGAGAAAUGGAGACGUGCCGGGCAUCUUUUUGGUUGUCGUCGACGGCGAAAAAGUACAUUUUGAUGACUUCGAUGACUUUUGGCAAUCGCAAUUCUCUGUUUUCAGGUAAUGGUAAAUAGUUGUCGGCUACCAUCGGAAUCUUUACAAAUAACCAUGUACAUCUGCGGCUUCGCCCUCAUCUUUGUGAUUGCAAUUUUUGUGACAUUGAAAUACAGAACAUCUCACUCAUGUAUUAAAAAACGAAGUAUUUCUAGUCUCAUUUUGAUGUAUAACUCUAGAAGCUCGAAGAAUUCUGUUCAAAAGCACAAAUAAAACUUACCCCGAUUUAAAGGCACAUGUCUAUGUUGAGCGCAAGUGGUCCCGCCACGAUUACAGUAACAAGCCAACGCGCUUUGCGCGGGCUGUUUACAGCUGGCUAAAUCAGGUCAAAUUGCUCAAAUUUUCCAUGUUUCGCUCUAUUCGACGAUGAAUCAACGUAUUUUUGGCUUACUAAUUGCUAAUUUACUAUUUAUCAACUCAGCCUGUUACGAUUUGUUGAAUCCCGAAGCGCGUAAGUUCAAUUCUUUUGACGCUAUCAAAUUAAAAAUUUACAGGUCCGCUCUUGGCAUUUAUAGUCGGCUCCGAUCCCCCGUCAGAAUGUCUUGUCAAAUGCACGGAACCUAUGAGGCGACCGCUUCUUGACCUUGUCAAUCACGAGUUAACGAAAAAGUCAAAAGACAAAAUUUGCCAGUGCGUUUCUGCCGAUUCACCUUUAAAAUUGUGCAAAAUUACAGUGCUUUCAACACAACCAAAACGUGUAUACUCAACAGUAACUGCUCCACUACCGAUCGCGUCGUCGUGGAGAAGCUGACGUAUGGAUUUGCCUGGGCUUGCGGAGAACACGGAUACGACCCUUUCAAAUAUCUUUACCCGUGUAUUUACAGUCUUGGAAAAGAAAUACGACGUCAAGACAGUGAGAAAUCGUGAGAUUUAUCGAAUAAUUAAUUGGAAUUCAGGCUGUAAAGCGCAAUGUAACGCGACAAUAGACGGUAAUAAGCUUCUGAUGGCCUCCAAGUCCCCAAACCUAAUCAGCCGUCUGGAGCACACCUGUGAACCACUGGCUUGUUUCCUGAACUGCACCGCCAAACAAAUGAACACCUACUGCCCAACCAGCGGCUCCCGUUUUAUCGUAACACUGUCUUUUUCCUCUGGAUACCAUACUAACUUCCAUCAUCUUCCAGCAUGUUAUUGUCAGCGCUUUCGACGAGCUGGGCGACGAAUACAUGCGGACAACGCAGACCGAACAGACGUCCAUCAUGCAGAAUGUGCCAAAGAAAUGUGCAAUCUUUUUUGACGAGAAGGAAAUGGAAAAGUUACGUUUCGAUGAGCUGUUCAUCUCCGAUCUCUUCUUUAUGAUCACGUCCAGAAAGCAGAGGUCACGACAAUCUGCCGUGCUUGAAGCAGAUCGGAUUGUGAUGGAUGUAUGCUCAGAUCAAGGUAUCCAAGCUCAUCAAUCAUUUACACGAUUUUAGUUGGUUGAACGGAUGCAAGUAGAUAUGACGCCGCAAACACCGCUGGUAUGGGACCUGAAAGCAGUCACCAUUUGUGCUGCCAUCGUCGUCAUCAUGGCUCUCAACGUCGUCGGUCUAAUUUUCACCGUCUGGUGGUGUCUGACAAGCCGAGAUGAAGACGGAACGGAGAACAGUCGGAGCAGUAUGGCGCUGAAUCAGUUUGUCGAGCCCAACAUUCGGAUGAAGUUGAAGUUGCCGAAGCUAAAACCGGACGCCCUUCGCGACAGCGAACAGGAUGUCCUCGAGUUGAGAGUUCCGAGGAACGGAAACCAAUUCCAUCAGAAUGGUGAUAAUGUUGCUGCGAAUUGUUCGAACUUGUGCAAAUUCAGACGAGCAAACCGUAGUUGUUCCCCGAUUCAAACGCCGUCGCACAUAUUCCGUACCACUGGAACCUCGUCCACGAACCCAAUCCACCGGAUCCGAUCGAUUCCCCCAAAUUGUCAUUGUUCGCAGCAACGAGAACUGA